CAGUUCUCCCUCGUUUCAACUUCAACCCCCUCUCCUCCUCUCUCCGUCUCAGUGUCUCACCACUCCUCGCUGCGGAAUUUCUCUUACACCCACCAAACGCACACAGAGGCACGUACCACCCGAAGUGAUCGGCGUCGUGGCGGCGAGAUGGCGGCGGCGAAGACGAUGACGUGGCACGAGGAGCUGGCCACGCUCGUGGGCGACACCGGCGUGCGCCUCCCCGGCGUCGGCGUGGAUGCGGCGCCGGCGCCGGCGGGGGUGAAUCGGGCGGCGGUUGGGGGCAGGUGGUACGGGGAGGAGGAGGAGGAGGGGAAGGUGGAGGAAGGGUGGGCGCAGCAGGCGAGGGGGUUCGCGGAGUCGACGGCGGAGAUGCUGCGGGAGCUGGGGCUCGGGGUGUGGGACGUCGCCGCGCAGAGCCUCGCCGGCGCCGAGGACAGCGAGCUCGCGCGGCGGCUGCGGAGGCCUGCAGCGGCCGCGGGGAAGCGCCUCAGCUUCAUGAACGAGUACCUCCCGGAGGACCGCGACCCCGUGAGGUGCUGGCUCGUCGUUGCCGCCGUCGCGUUCGUUGCGCUCCUCGUAUUAGGAGCUGGAACUGGCGAUGAAACACCAGUAGAGCAACUGAGGAAACUAUACAUAAGCCCGCCAAAUGCUAAAAGAUUUCAACUUCCUGAUGGACGACAUCUGGCUUAUGAAGAAAAAGGAGUUUCAGCUGAAAGGGCAAGAUUUUCACUGAUUGCUCCUCAUUCCUUUCUUUCAUCAAGGCUAGCAGGAAUCCCUGGAAUCAACACAUCUCUUCUAGAGGAAUUUGGGGCCCGCCUUGUGACCUAUGAUCUUCCUGGUUUUGGUGAAAGUGAUCCUCAUCCAGGGCGAAAUCUCAAUUCUUCUGCAUUAGAUAUGCUUCAUUUGGCUGAUGCCCUCGGGGUCGCGGACAAGUUCUGGGUUGUAGGCUAUUCUGGAGGUGGCAUGCAUGCUUGGAGCGCUCUUCGUUACAUUCCUGACCGAGUUGCAGGUGCAGCAAUGUUUGCCCCCAUGGCAAAUCCAUAUGACUCCAAGAUGACCAAGGAUGAGAAACGUAAAACAUGGGACAGAUGGUCAACUAAACGGAAACUAAUGCACAUUUUAGCUCGGAGGUUUCCAUCACUAUUACGCCUCUUUUAUCUCCGAAGCUUCCUUUCUGGAAAGCAAGGACAACCUGAGAGUUGGUUGUCACUGUCAUUAGGAAAGAAGGACAAAGCUUUACUGGAAGGUGCUAUGUUCAAUGCAUUCUGGGAGAAGGAUGUCGCAGAGUCCGUGCGCCAGGGAGACGCGAAACCAUUCGUAGAGGAAGCUGUGAUGCAAGUAUCUGACUGGGGUUUCAGCUUGUCUGACAUUCAGAUGCAGAAGAAAGAGGAUCAGGGAUUGUUUGAAUUGAUCAAGUCUCUGUUCAGUCAGGCUGAACGAGAGUGGGUGGGAUUUCUUGGCCCAAUACACAUAUGGCAGGGAAUGGAUGACCGGGUGGUGCCGCCAUCAGUGACUGAAUAUGUCCGUAGGAUGGUUCCAGGAGCUACUGUACACAAACUUCUUGAUGAAGGCCACUUCUCGUACUUCUGUUUCUGCGAUGAAUGCCAUAGGCAGAUAUUCUCCACCCUGUUCGGCAUUCCCCAGGGCCCUAUCAGUCCUGUACAGGAAUCAGGUGAAGUGGCCCCAGAAUUCGCUGAAGAAACAACAGCAUCUGAGGAAUUCGCAGAACAGGAGCAAGACACAUCAGAGUGCUUGGCCUGAUCACAUUCAGCUUCAUGAUCAUCAGUACAGAUACGACUUUUAACACAGAUCUCACAGAAAGAUAGGCUUUUCUUUGCCGCUGGCGAAGAAUGCUGACAACAGGCGGGGCUGAGCUGCUGCUUGUAAGGCGCGAGUAAAGCAAAGAAGCUCUGGAGUCUGGAACGGAGGCUGCACUAAAUGGGCUAGUUCACUAUAAUGUACAAAGAAGUCCUAAAAAUCUGCACAAUCACCUCCUUGGUGCGCUUCUAGUAUAGCUCAAUAUUGAGAUUUGAUUGACCUUCGAUAAUGCAACGCCCUUGCAAUACAUACUUUGCACAUCGGCCUCCUGUGUGGUGUAAUGGAAUGGAUGGUUGUAUUGCUCUCUCAGCUAUGCAGAAGUAGGAGGAAAUUGACUAUUUAUCCUGAA